GUGACCUGGAAAAUGAGGAAUGGUGUCUGGGUACAGAGCUGACUCCAGCAGCAAUAAAGACUGAGCCAGUGUUGUGUGAGACACCCGGCCUCGCUCCCUCAGUCAGUCUCACUGUCACAGCCACAUCGCUGGAGGGGGAACAACCUGAGCUACAGACAGAUGCCCUGAUGAAACCACUAAGCCAGAAAGUUCUUCCAGAGAUUAAAUUGGAGCCCCAUGAAGUGGAUCAGUUCCUGAACCUCUCUUCUAAGGAAGUAGUGGAUCCUCUGCAUUUGCCUCCAACCCCUCCCAGCAGCCAUGGCAGUGACUCUGAAGGAGGGCAGAGCCCGGCUAGAUCACUUCCUCCUUCAAGCCCAAUCCAGCUACAAGCCACGGCUAAAGUGACAUCACGCACAGCUUCAGUGCUCUCCAAUUCUCCGCUCCUGACUGCACCACAUAAAUUACAGGGGACCGGCCCACUCAUCCUGACAGAGGAGGAGAAGAGGACGCUGAUAGCAGAGGGGUACCCAAUCCCUACCAAACUUCCCCUCACAAAAGCAGAGGAGAAAGUGCUGAAGAAAAUCCGUAGGAAAAUAAAGAACAAGAUCUCUGCCCAGGAAAGCAGAAGAAAAAAGAAAGAAUACAUGGACAGUCUGGAAAAAAAAGUUGAGACCUGUUCAAACGAAAAUAGUGAGCUGCGUAAGAAAGUUGAAGUCCUGGAGAAUACUAACAGAACUCUUCUGCAGCAGUUGCAGAGACUCCAAGCCAUGGUUGCUGGGAAAGUGUCCCGUUCGUGUAAGGCAGCUAGCACACAGACAGGGACCUGUCUUAUGAUGGUGGUGCUGUGCUUCGCAGUAGUUUUUGGCAGCUUCUCUCAGAGCUAUGGGCCAUACCCUUCUGCUACGAAGAUGGUGUUGCCCAGGCAGCAUUCCUCGCCAGAGUCCUACACAGACUCUAUUGUGAGGUCAAGGAGUCUGCUAAUUUAUGAAGAGCCUCACCAACUGGAGGAGUCGUCGAGCCCGAUCUCCUUUGCAGAUCACAGUGACAGGCACACAGACACCUCCAAGUACUCGACGCUGUCCCUGGAAGCCGUGCCAGGCACACAGCAGGAUGAUAUCAUGCAGUUCACAAUAGCCAAUGAGACAAGGCUAGAGAAAUCGGUGCUGCUGGGCCUGCAGCAGCACAGAGUCAGCUCCGAACUGGAAGGAAAUGAAACACUGAAGAUAAUCGAAAUAGAUAGAAGAGUCAAUGCCACCUCUUAAAAAUAAAAAAGACCUUUUUUCUUGACUUCCCUCUUUCCCACAUGUUUUCAACCAAAGUCCCCCUGACUUGUCAUCCUCAGUGAACCAAAGCACAAAAGAGAGAGAGUUCAACUUCUGCGUUGACUGGUGAGGCUGUGACUGCAGAUGGGGUCUCUUGUCUUGAUAACUCCCUUCCUCACUUCACACACAGCCCCUCUCUUUGCUUUUAUUCCUCUCCUGUGUAAUGCUGCAAGGUCAGGAUUGAAUUAUGAUGGCAGAUGCUGCCAGCAGCGUGCUGGUGACUGGUGGGUGUGUGCGUGUGUGCAUGCACCUGUCCUAAUCUGAGCACAAAGACGUUUUGUAGAAGAGUGAAUUAUGCAAAACCAAUGGGAGCAUGUGGG